CGCUUAAAUUUGUAUUUUUAUGAUAAAAUUAUUCGAUUUUACCUAAAAUCAUAAUGCCAUUAACAUGACCUUUGAAGGUCACAUCCUUUUAAAUAAAUAAACAUUCAAAUUAUGCGUUACUUCGUUAAAUUUAUAUUGAGGAAAAAUGCAUAUUUUGUGUACGAUUUGUAGUGACUUAGUGAACCAGGCGGAGAAUAUCCAAGUGACUAAGUGUGGUCACAUCUUUCAUCACCAUUGUUUAUCUCAGUGGAUUUCAAGAUCAAAGUCAUGUCCACAAUGCCGCAACAAAGUAACAGAUCGUUGCAUGUUUCGUCUUUACCCCACUAUAUCCAACGAGACAACAGGAGAGGAUGUAGCAACAUUACAAUCUCGGCUUGAUGAUGCACAGUUGCAGCUCCGACAACAGAGAACCACGUACAAAGAACAUGAGGAAAAGUUUGCAGCUGCUGAAGUGGAGCUAAAAAAGAACUUAGCACUAUUAAAAGCAACAGAGAAAAAACUAGAAAGCAGAGACUCGGCUGUAUCGGCUCUGAAGGAACAACUGGAGUAUGUUAAGAUACAAAACAAGGAGACAAACAGAUUGAAAGAAGAGAAUGAAAACCUAAAGAAAAAUAUGCAAACUUUAAAUGGACUACAAAAAGUAUUAAAUGCAACAAGUGAGGAAGUGGAACGUAUGUUGGAAGGUUAUACUGACGUGAGGACAGUUGCUACUUUUGCAACAGCAUUGAAAAGAGCAUUGUGUGAAUCGGAAAGCAAGAAGAAUGAAUCACGUGACAGAUUACAAAAUAUCAAACAACAGCUAGCCUUGGAGAAGAAUCAUGUAGCUGAUCUACAAGCUAAAUUAAUAGCCGCAGAAGAAAAGCUAACGAGUGCACAACGCAAAUACGAUAGCCUAAAGAAUAAACGGAAAGUGUGUGACAUGCUUGACAAGUCCCUUACAGAGGAGUCGUGGGAAUCUGCCGUCAAACAGAUGAAGCCUAAUGAAGAUUUGAACAGUGCUAUCGUUUUAAGCGAUAAUAACAGCAGUUUUAAUACAAUGGUGAAUAGAAUAGAAAAUGCUGACUCUCCAUACCUGAAUCUUAAACAAAGCAGUCUCGCUCUAACCGCCUUACAGAGACAUCCAACUCACCCUCUACCAGAAAAAAAUCUUAAGCCAUCAGAAUAUGCACUACUUAAUUCAGCUCGAAUCGCCGUAACAAGAAAACCUGACUUAGCCAGUCCAAAGACUAGCAUAUUUCACAAGAAGGAACCGGCGAAAAUACAAUUCUCACAAGAAAACGACCCUAACAUGAGCUUCAUGAACAUAUCUUAUGACGGUCUUGGGGGACACUCGAAGUUAGACACAUUCCCUGUACCCAAUACAAGACCGCCAUUGAAGAGCUGCGUACCUAAAUUGUCAGCAAAACAUAAACUAAAACGACCAAAUCCAGUCGGCAAUCACGACAUUAGUAAGAUGUUGGAAAAAAUCAAAGAUAAAUAGACUACAUACAUACAUUUUAUAGCUUAUAAGUAUAGUUAAUUUCUGUAAAAUUUGUAUAUUGAAUUAAGGGAUUACGUAUUAAUUAUUGCCAUUGCCAUAACUUGUUUCGUCAGUAUGAAUAAUUUAUUUUAAAAGUUUUAUCUGCUGUGCAGAUAAAAUUUACAACGUUGGAUUAUUUAUCUAUUGAAAGUAAUUUGUAAUUUUGGAUAAAAUAAUAUAAUUCUAAUUUGUAAUUAUUGAUUACUACCAAGUAUAAUAUCACAAUAACAAACAAGACUGUUACAUAUUAAUUAUUGUAUAUUAAAUAUCUUUUGACAA